UACCCGCGUUUUCAUCACGUGACAUAACCAACUACUCUUCACCCUCUCUCUCUCUCUCUCUCUCUCUCUCUCAUUUCUCUCUCAUUUCUCGUUGUUAUGUUGUUCCAACGUUUUCCAAAUCAAGCUCAAAGCAAACAUUAAAGAUGUCUAUGUUACUAAGAAAAGUGUUGGAAAUGUUGUUAAGACGCGAUCCAACAACAUGUUCAGAUCAACAAGUGUUGUUUCCUCGUGGUGAUUUGGGUGAAUUGGAUCAAUUACCAACUGACAUCUUAUUUCAAAUUUUGAGACUUUUGGGUCCCAAAGAAGUUGCAAAACUUAGUGUCAUUUGCAAGUCUUUGAGAUUCUUUGUAUCGGAUAAUCGCUUAUGGCUUCACUUUCUUCAAACUCAUCAAUCUGAUCCAUCUUGGGAUUCUGUGUUUUUUGCUGAAACUAAUUUGACUUUUGGUUACCCUCUUCCAUCCCUUGUUGGCCAGAGGCCUCAGUUGUCAUUCAAACAUAUUUAUGGCGAAAGAGCACAGGUUCCUGGUGCUAUUAUCAUUGAUGGUGGUUCUGGCUAUUGCAAAUUUGGUUGGAGCAAAUAUGCUUGUCCAUCGGGGCGAUCUGCAACAUUUUUGGUACGAUCCACAACAUAUUUGGAAUUUGGCAACAUUGAGUCGCCAAUGUACACUAGACUUCGACAUUUUUUCGCGACAAUUUAUAACAGGAUGCAAGUGAAACCAAAUAAACAACCUGUUAUUGUUUCUAUACCAAUAUGCCAUUAUGAAGAUACUGAAUCAGCUAGAGCAUCGAGACGACAACUUAAAGACGCGAUUUGUGCAUCCCUGUUUGACUUGAAUGUUCCUGCUGUUUGUGCCGUCAACCAGGCGACUCUAGCUCUGUAUGCUGCAAAACGAACUUCUGGAAUAGCUGUUAAUAUAGGUUUUCAAGUCACAUCAGUAGUACCAAUUUUUAACGGUAAAGUAAUGCGCAAGAUCGGUGUGGAAGUUGUGGGACUGGGAGCACUGAAAGUUACAGGAUUUCUUAAGGAGAAGAUGCAACAGAACAACCUAAAUUUUCAAUCAUUGUACACUGUACGCGCUUUGAAAGAGAAUCUAUGCUAUGUUGCUCUUGAUUAUGAAGCCGAGCUAUUAAAACAAAACACACAAGCAUCAUUUCAAGCUGAAGUAGAUGGAUGGUUUACACUUUCAAAAGAGCGGUUUCAGACAGCAGAGGUUUUAUUCAAGCCACAUCUUGCUGGAAUGCAAGCCAUGGGUUUGCACCAGGCCAUAGCUCUUUGUAUGGAGCAUUGCCAUUCUGCAGAAUUGCCAGGCGACAAUGAUUGGUACAAGACUGUAGUUUUAUCUGGGGGAACUGCAUGUUUGCCAGGUUUGGCAGAAAGAUUAGAGAAGGAACUCCAUGCUUUACUUCCUCCAUACAUGUCCAAUGGAAUUAGAGUCAUGCCUCCUCCAUACGGUGCCGAUACUCAAUGGUUCGGAGCAAAGAUGAUUGGCAAUUUGAGCACAUUUCCUGGUCCGUGGUGUGUGGAGAAAAAGAAUUUCCGCCAGAAGCCUAGGCUCAGCCUCAUAUGGUGAUUAUUUUGUUCUAAAAUAUAUAUAUAUUUCCACAAUAAUGUAAAUUACUCUCCACCCUCCAAGUUAAGGAGGGGAAGAGCAAUAGGACCCAAAUAUUUCUACAUUUUUUGUAUACUUAUAAAUAAUAUGAUUCCUAUGGUGAUUAGAAGCAUAUAAUAAACAUUGGGAUUGUCAAGAAUAAUGUAAAAAGUUAUGUUUGUCUUAUAUAUGUAACGUAAUGUAACAAGUGUGGAGAAUUUUGUUUA